AUGGCGACGGACGACCUCAAAUCGCAUGCGACCUCUACUACCGCCGACUUCUACGACCUCCUCGCCCUCACUCCCGGUACCACCGACCAAGAAGCCAUCCGCCGCGCCUACCGCAAGACAGCUCUCAAAUACCACCCAGACAAAGUCGGCACAAGCGACAAUGCCGCGCUUGAGAAGUUUCACCUGCUCCAAAUCGCCUACGAGAUCCUAUCUAGUCAAGAACUCAAGGACCUCUACGACAAUGCACGAAGAGCGCGGGAGCAGGUCAAGGAGCGGGAGCAGCUGCUCAGUGCCCGGAGGACGGAGAUGAAGGAUGAUCUGGAGAGGAGGGAGCGAGAGGGCGCGAGUGGUGUGACUGGGAAGAGAAAGUGGGGCGCGGAUGAUGAGUGGGCGCAAGAGUUGGCGAGGAUGAGGGAGGACACGAAGAGACGGCGCGUGGAAUUGGAGGAGAAGCGGAGGCAGGAGAUGGAAGUUCUGAUGAGGGAGGAGGAGUCCGGCAACGCGAGUGAGGCAGUCAACGGAAAGGCAGACGGUAGGGACGGCGUGGAGGAGAUGGAGAGAUCGGUCAAGGUACGGCUCAGGGCAGAAGACAGCUCAGACGAGGACAAGGAAGCCAUAAGGAAAGCAUUUGAGAGAUUUGGGCCGGUAGACGAUGUGAUCAUCCGAUCAAGACCGCCCACGGAUUCAUCCAAGAAGAAGAAACGGCAACACAAGACGGUGCUUGUGGUCUUCAGAAGUGUCGUGGGUGCACACGCAGCUGUCUCUGAUCUGGAAAAGCAAGUGAAGAAGGAACCGGACGUCUAUGGGCGCUUCGAGAAGGUGGAGUGGGCCACUGGACGAGAACCAGAUUUUGUUCCCAAGCAGAGAACGCAUGUUGAGGAGGAAACUACACACAGCAACGACCGAGCAACCAGACUUACAACACGAAGUGGUGAUGCUCCAGACGGCGAAGAACGCACGAAACCGAGCAAAGGUGCUUCGGUACCGAAAUUCAGUUUCAAAGGCACGAAAGACCGAGGAGCGAGCUUGGACGAGAUCACGAUGAUUAGGUUGAAGAACGCUGAGAAGAGGCGUCUUGAGGCGAAGAUACGAGCAGAGGAGGCUGCUGCAGACGCCGGCGAUGUACCGGCGGAAGCGUGA